AUGGAGAGGCUCCUCUUCUCUCUGCUCCUGCUCAGUUUGACUGUCAAGGCUCAGCUUUGUCCAAAGCGUUGCAUCUGCCAGAACCUCUCCCCUUCCCUCUCCAUCCUCUGUGCCAAAACUGGGCUACUCUUUGUGCCUCCAUUUAUCGACAGGAGGACGGUGGAGCUGCGCCUCACCGAUAACUUCAUCACCACGGUGAAGAGGAAAGACUUUGCCAACAUGACCAGCCUUGUCCACCUCACGUUGUCGAGGAAUACAAUCAGCCAGAUCAUGCCUCUCACCUUUGGUGACCUCCGCGGUCUUCGGGCUCUACACCUGGACAGUAACAGACUGACCAGAGUCAACCCUGAGCACUUCAAUGGCCUAAUCAAUCUCCGACACCUGAUCCUUAGCAACAACCAGCUGCAUUACAUCGCAGCUGACUCAUUUGAUGACUUUAUCGUAUCUCUCGAAGAUCUGGACCUCUCCUACAACAAUCUGGAGAAUCUGCCUUGGGAAACUAUUGGCAAAAUGACAAACGUCAACUCCCUCAGCCUGGACCAUAACCUCAUUGACUUUGUUCCCGAAGGGACAUUUUCCAACCUUCACAAAUUGGCUCGAUUAGACAUGACAUCCAACAAACUGCACAAGUUACCUCCUGAUCCCCUCUUUCUAAGAGUUCAAAUGUUUGCAAGGACAAAAGGCUCUCCGCUCACCUCUCUUGUACUUAGCUUUGGUGGGAAUCCGUUACAUUGUAACUGUGAGCUACUCUGGUUGAGGCGUCUUACAAGGGAGGACGAUCUGGAAACAUGUGCCUCACCGCCUCAUUUAAUGGGUAAAUAUUUCUGGUUCAUCCCUGAGGAAGAAUUUACCUGUGAUCCUCCACUCAUUACACGACAUACCUCCAAAACAUUUGUCAUGGAAGGUCAGCGAGCAAUGUUGAAAUGUAAAGCAGUGGGGGACCCAGACCCAUUCAUCCACUGGACCUCACCAGAUGGAAGGCUGAUCUCAAAUUCAUCCAGGGCCAUCACCUAUGAGAACGGAACCCUGCAUAUCAUAAUUGCCACCCCAAAAGACAGCGGGACCUUUACUUGCAUUGCCUCCAAUGCUGGUGGCGAAGCCAUGGCCCAAGUGGAGUUGAUUGUCAAUCCUCUUCCACAUUUUGCCAACGGCACAAAUAACAUCAAGGAACCAGAUCCCGGUUCAUCGGAUAUCACCACGUCGGCCAAGUCAGGUUCUCCGCCAGUUACUAAUGACACAAAAGUUACGCAGGAAAAGAAGGUCAUUGCAACUGACCUCACAUCAUCCUCCGUACAGAUUCGAUGGCCCUCACAGCGAAAUAUUCCUGGAAUCCGGAUGUACCAAGUCCAGUAUAACAGCUCAUCUGACGAUGUACUCGUUUACAGAAUGAUUCCAUCUUCUAGCAAGACGUUCCUUGUGAAAGACUUAGUUGCCGGACGAGACUAUGACCUGUGUGUUCUGGCUGUCUAUGAUGAUGGAAUUACCACUUUGACUGCAACACGGGCUAUAGGCUGUGUACAGUUCACCACAGAGAAGGAAUACACCCAGUGUCGAUCCAUGCACACCCAGUUCCUUGGUGGGACCAUGAUCAUCAUCAUUGGUGGCAUCAUUGUGGCCUCUGUGUUGGUUUUCAUCAUCAUCCUUAUGAUCAGGUACAAGGUCUACAAUAACACUGGGGAACACAAGACUAAGGUCAGUAACGUUUACUCACAGACUAAUGGAAGUCAGAAUGGGGCCAUGCCACCAUCAACCUCAAAACUGUUGGAAAGUCGAGAGGAACAUGUCCAGGAGAUGUUGCCAGAUGCUCCCAAAGGAACCUUGGCCGUGGCUUUGACUACAGAUUACGAUAAAGCCUCUGUCACUCAAAGCCCAUCUUUUCCCACAGAGGAUAUAACUCCUCAUAAGCGAAGGAGAACUCGGACAGAUGUGCCAUUCUCUUCGAAGGAGAUUCAAGGCGAGGACCAAGAACGCCAGGUCAUGCAGACUGCAGAAGACACAAUGGAUCCAGUGGAGCGGACCGAUGUUAAACUUUGA